AAAAGUUAUAGUGGACUUUAGUCAUUUUAUUGAAAAAUCACAAUUCAAUUAUAUUAUUCAAGAAGGUAAAAAAGAAAAAAAAAUCAUUCAAUAUUUCUCGUCUUCAUUCAAUAGAAGGGGAAACAUCCAACCACCGACAAAAAAAAAACGUCACUAAUUCACUUUUUUGAUGCUGAACUUCCUCUUUUUUCCAACCAAGUUAAUAUUAUAAACCAUUUGAACAAUCUAGUUUCAUCAGUCAUACAAAGAAAAAGAAUAAACAACAAUGUCUGAUAGAGGAGGUCGAGGUCAUUACAGUGGUCGAGGAGGUGGUGAACGAGGUGGUCGAGGAGGACGAGGAGGACGAGGUGGAAGAGGUGGUGGACAUUAUCAAAGUCAACAAGACAAGCCAAAGAAAGAAUCUAUCCUUGACCUCAGCAAAUAUAUGGAAAAGAAAGUACGCGUACGUUUCAAUGGUGGACGAGAAGUUGUAGGUACUCUCAUGGGUUAUGAUCCUCUGUUAAACUUGGUAUUGGAUAACACUGUGGAAUACUUGAAAGACCUGGAAACCGACUAUGUAACGACCAAGACUCGGGAUUUGGGAUUAGCAGUAUUACGUGGUACAUCAGUUAUCUUGAUCUCACCUUUGGAUGGUAUGGAAGAAAUCGAAAAUCCUUUCGCCCAGUAGAAUAUCUUAUAAGUAGUUAGUAAUAUAGUAUAGUGGUUUUAUUCCUUGUCUGAAGCAAUUGGAUUAUAGUUAAAAAAUAAAUCAUGUUUUUUUUAAAUACA